UUCUAUCAACCAUGGAAUAUCUUGAAUGAGAAGAUUUGAAGGGAGAAUCUGAGGAAAAAUAGACCACCUCUCCCUGAUCAAGAAUCUUCCACUUUUUCUGCUACUACAUUAAUCAAAUAAAUAUUCAUAGUCAUUACUGCAUAACAUCGCACUUUUUGGCCUUUUAAUCAAGUGUGAUCCUUAGACCAAGCGUGAUUUUUUAUGUUUCCUCCUUGUAAUUAGCGGAGAUAACAAAAGGUAUGGGAUGGAACACGUGUGUCAACAAAGUGUUUUAAACCGAAAAUGAAGUCUUAACCGACAACUUAAACAAGAAAAGAUCAAACAGAUACUGCUUCCUGCAUCAUCACAGCAAAAGUGACAGGGAGGUGAUGAUAUAUCACGUUCAAAUAUGCCAAUUGAACCAACUUGUUCGGUGUAUAUCGAACAAUAUCAUUAGUAUCUGCUGUUGAAAGUAACUUUUACUGAUGAUCAAGUUUUCGGCAUCUUGGUAAAGACCACCAUCUUUUGAAUGGUUAGACUUUUUUUGAGCAAGAGAGAGAUCAGGAGAAAGAAUACUCCACUAUGAUCAGUAGUAGUAGUAUCAGUAUCAGCUGUGUUUAUGUAUAAAUAGAGUGGCAAUCACAACUCCAAAAUCCAAGCAAAAACAAACAAACCAACUAUCCAUCUCCUGAAAGGAAAAAACACACAUUCAAAACAUUGAAAUCAUUAGUACUUCCUAGUUCAAACCCUUUGCAAUCAUCCUCCUCCAAUUUGAUAUUAGGCCUCCCAUUUCAGGUCAAAUAUCAACUUGGGUUGGAGAACAAUUUUCCAAAUUCAAAUCAGCUGGUGAAAAAUGGACAAGAUACAGAGGCUGACAUCAGAGCAUGGACUAGCUAUAUUCAGCAAAAGCACAUGUUGCUUGUGCUAUGCAGUGAACAUCCUGUUUCACGAGCUCGGGGCGGCUACCUAUGUGCAUGAGAUUGAUCAUGAUCCAGAAGGGAAAGAAAUAGAAAAAGCCCUGAUGCGAAUGGGAUGCAACCCUCCAAUUCCUGCAGUUUUCAUCAAUGGAAAGCUGGUUGGAUCCACCAAUGAAGUCAUGUCUCUUCACCUCAGUGGCUCACUCCUUCCUCUUCUCAAGCCAUAUCAGACUAUGCACUAAGAUUUAAUAUGAAUCAAAUUAAUUAAAUAAUCAUCUGUAUUUAAUUAAUUUGCUCAAGGAAAUCAAAUAGCUAGAAGAAGAAUAAAAGUUUGGUAGCUCUGAGUCUGGUUGUCUGUGUAGUGAGUGAGCUAUUACUAUUGUGUCCAUUUAGUCAAGUGUAUUACAAUCUUUUAGUGAUUUUGAUUCCAUUAGCACGUAAGCAUGUAGCUUAGGCAUGCAGGUUAUUGUUACUACUAUUAGUUACUCAAGAAAAAGUCGUGCUUGUUUAUCUAGUCAAUUAAGCGCUAAUCAACAAGAUUAUGUAUUCUAUUUGCUUUCCUUAUAAAAUGAAGUUAGUGUAUAUUAUUCAACUCUCUUGAUCCGCUAUGGAUCGCAUGUGUCACUUUUCGUAUAACAUUCUUGAUAGUUUAACACGUAUUUUUUGUUUUACAGUGAUCGAGAAAUCCUUAUAAAUUUAUGACGCU